CGUUAUCUUUUUUUCUUUGAAUAAAUCCAACAUUAUUAGGGAAAAAAAUUCAGAACCAUUUUAAAUAGUUCCUCCCUCUGCGAUUUUUGGUAAAAAAAAAAAGAAAAUGCUCCAAUUUUAAAACAGUUGGGUAAAAUUCUAAUAAGGAUAGAUGAAAGCCCUGACUGAUAGAUAUCACUCUGAGGUCCAGUUUUUGAUACAGGGUCCAAGAUUAUGAUACCCAUUAAUCUCUUCAGGUCAAUGGUCACAUUUCAUCACCACCAUUCAUUGUACAGAUUUUAGUCAAGGGAUCCCCACUUGUACCUGGCAGCGUUAAACCCAUGACAAGAGGUGUCAAAAUCUUUAAUAAACAAAAUUAUCUUGAAGACGGUGUCUGUGAAAAACAUUUUAUUUACAGUUUUGCCCAUGGAGUUUCAAUUUUUUGGGGGGUGAGGUACUUAUCUUUGAGAGAUUUCCAGUCUGUUCAGUGAAUUACAAAGAAAAGUUUUUUUUAGUGUCAGAAUAUCUUUUUUCAAAAUUGUUUUGCUAGCAUUUACAUACAGACUAGUAAGCAAAGUUUAUCUCACAGAGCAGUAUGGAGAGAAUGGAUACUUGAUAUUGUCAGCACAAUGAUAUUUUCUGCUUUGAUUAUUAUAAGUUUAUUGCAAACUACUUCAAUGUGGAUUUAAUUAUUCUUAAAUUGAGAUUGAUUUGUUAGAUGUUACAUAUAUAUAUUUUUAUAGAAUUGAAUCAUUCGCUCAUUAAAGGUCACAGGUACCAUCUUCAAUUAAUACUGUAUAAAAAUGUCAGAAUUAUGAUGACAGAUAAGUUCAAACAAAUGGUUCAAUCACUUUUACACUGCAUUUGAUUUAUCUUUUAUCAUACUUGCAUUUUGUUUGAGUAAGAAAGGAAGAUGGUUUGUUAUACACAGUAUAUAAACUUUUGGAAAUAACCAUCUCAAAAAAAAAAACCCCCAACACCAUCAACUGAGAAGGGAAAAAAUAUUUUUCACCCAACUUGCUUGAAACUGAAAUAGUUUUGCCUAAUAUUGCGAAGCUGUGAAAAAAGAUUUUACAUGCUGCUGUAGCAAUCAUUUGAUGUAUAGGUAGUUAAUAUAAUGUUGUCAUAAAGCUACAAUCGAUGAUGAAAGAAAUCCUAUCCAAAUAAGGCUUUAUUUAGUUGGUUUGAAAGAUAAUACACUACCUGAUUUCAAAGGAAUAACCAUGCAGGCAAAUUAACAAAAGACCUUCAUCACCAGUGUGUACUGAAAUUUCAGUUGUAAAAAGCUUUCUGAUGAAGAAUAAGUGCUAAAUUGAAUAGAUCAUACUAAUGCCAGACUGAUAUUGGAAAAGCUUUGUCCUGCGUUCAGGAUGUUUUUAUGAUUUCAUAAUGAAAUAUUUAUGUUACUCCGGGUCUUUUGUCUUGUUUAUACUCAAACAAAACUUUCUGCAAAAACAAUGAAUUAACAGUAAAAUAUUGUAAAUGUGCAAGUGAUUAAACAGACAAAAUGAUGCAAGAUCGGGGAAAAACAAAAGUAUGAAGGGCAAGUGGUCGUGAUCUCAUUGUGAAUGGAUCGUUCCCCCCACACCUGGUAUAAGUGUGGCAUGUCACAAAAUACAAUUGUCUUGGAUAAUUCAGGAAGAUAUAAGUAUUUUUAUUUUUACAAUUUUUAAAGGACUUGGUAACAGGUUGUCAUAGGUUGUGAUCUAGGCACUGUCUUGGCUAACAAAGUGAACGCCCAUUUAUCAUCGGAAGUAUUGUAUCACACUCUAGGAUCAUCGCUCCUUGAAAAACUGGCUAUUAAGUCGCAUGAUCUCGCCUUUUAGUAAUUGAGAAAUGGCACUUGACAAAGGAGGAAAAAAGCAUAAUAAUAAUAAUAUGUAACCUCUUGUGUGGUUCGACUUGAUGACAGACGCGUUAACAGAUUUUUGUGGACACGUAUAUUGUUUAAGGACAUUCGCUAUGGGACAGUCGUAAUUAGUUGUUGUAACCAAUUCUGUAGAACAAAUUCAGGAUUAUACCAUGCCACCAAUGGAUCUAAGUGUUUUAGAGGCAGCCAUGUUCCCUUUGGUCUGGGGGAACAAAUUCCAGCCCCCGUUGGCAGGGCUAAUGAUGUACAACAAUGAACACUUUGCUCAGCCACCUCCUGCACAUAUGGGUAUACCACCUGUUCAUAUAGAUCCCAAAUCAGGGCUACCCCGGCACCCGAUGUAUGCCUACCCUGCCCCAGGCCAGUUCCCUCCUCCUAGUCUCUACGGGCCAGACCUCUCACAAGUUCAGUGGAGAGGACCCUCUGGUUAUCCCAUUUCCUCAGGUGCCUUCUCUGGGCCUUACCCACCAUCAUUAGUCAACACCUCUUCACUCUCACGAUUUGGACAUCCCGGUCUGUUUCCCCCUCCUGGCCUGCACCCAGGGAUGCCCCAUCCCUCAAUGGUUUCACCCGGAACCAAGCAAGAACCCAACCCUCACAACCAAGACAGAAACAGUUCCUUAGAUCAGUACGGUGGGGGUGGCCCCAAUACUGGUCAUCAACCCCCUGAUGAGAAAAAGAAAAACCACAUAAAGAAACCACUCAAUGCCUUCAUGCUCUUCAUGAAAGAGAUGAGGGCACAAGUGGUGGCUGAAUGCACGCUUAAAGAAUCGGCAGCCAUUAACCAAAUUUUAGGGCGACGAUGGCAUGCUUUAGACCGAGCUGAGCAGGCUAAAUAUUAUGAAAUGGCAAGAAAGGAAAAAGAGCUCCAUAUGCAGCUGUACCCUGGCUGGAGCGCCAGAGACAAUUACGCCAGUCACACGAAAAAGAAACGUAAGAAAAAGGAUGGUACCCCUAACAAAGGUAUUCUAUAUUGUCUUGCAGAUUGUAGCAAUCCGAAGAAAUGUCGAGCUCGAUACGGGGUAGAUCAACAAAGUCAAUGGUGCAAGCCCUGUCGGAGGAAGAAGAAAUGUAUUAGAUACAGGGUGGAUGAGGAUGGGAAUGAGUAUUUUUAUGAUGGUGACGACAUAUUAAGUGACAGCUUUGCUAACGACGACUCGGUGAACGACAGUGAUUCCAUGACAGGAAGCCCCAUGUGUCGCUCAGUAACCAGUGAUGACGCAUUUUCCUCACCAUCCAAGACUUUCUGUCGAAACUCCCCCUCCCCAUUGAACCUUGCAGCCAGGGCUGGUGGGCGACUAGAUUUGCCAACACAGAGCGAUGACAGGAACAGACUGUUACCUAAUGCUGGCCAUCCAAGGUCUGGGGAGUUAGAGGAAGCAUGUCAAGAAAUGGACGAUUUAGAUGUUACCCUUACUUCUACCCCUGUGAAAUCACGUCAUCUAAAUAAUAACAUACCGAUCACUUAACACACAAAACCAUGGGAUCAAUGUUUUGUUUUCUGUCUGUAAAUGAAACAAAUUAUCUAUAUUCUUUUCAUCAGUCAUACUAUGUGAAAGUUAUUUUCUCAACAAAAUUAGUAAAUUCUCAGAUUUUUCAUGCAUUGCUGUAAGGCAUAAUAAGCAAUUGAUCUCGUGUCAUUUAGUGUUUAACUCAUUUUUCAAAUAGUACAUUUUUUCAGUCUCAGUGCACAUGCUCAAACUUCCCAGACCAAAAUCCUUUGCACAAAAUGGAAACUGUGUGAGGAUUUUGAAUGGACCUUCAUGAACAAAUCAUUUCCUCUAUUGUGUAAGAGGGAAGGUGAUCGUGAUUAUGUGACAUAGUGAGAGUAAUCAUGUAGAGUUCAUGCCUUUAUUUCAAAUAUAAGGUCAUGUGUGACAGUUGUUCAUACUAUCAUGAGAUUUUUUUCUUUCUUUUUAUAUAAAUAUAUCUAUUUUAGAGUAAAUGAUACAAAAUAAGUUCAGUUGUUUGUACACGAGAGUAGAGCUGAACUUGCCUUAACAUGUCCAGUUGUUGUGAUGUUCGUAUAACUUAUCUUCUCUCACUGUUGCUGAUGUAGUAUUACAAUAUUACAUGUGUAUUAUUGAAGAAGUAAUAUGUAUACCCUAUGAUGACUUCAGUUUUGUCUUGUAGACUCUGUAGUAGGUUACAGUCAAGUCUUAAGACAGAAUUGGGUAAUCAAAAGAUACUACAUGUACUACAAAAUGAUAAUUCAAAUGAUACUAUGUUUAUUAUUACUUAUUUUUUAAAAUAUGUGUAUAACAAAAAUGUGAGACUUAUACUUUAAAUUUCUGUUCAGAUUGCAACCAAUAUGUGAUAUUUUUAUUACUGUAUUGAAUACUUACAGAGAUCUAUAUAGACACAAAAAUGUAUAUAUUUGUAAAGGCAGGUAAAAUAUCUUUAUUCCAUCCAUUCUUAGGAAGUUGUAAACUGUUAAUUUUAUACUUGAAUGGAGAAAAAAAAAUAACUUAACAGUAUACAAAAAAUUCUAACCAUUGGAUGAGAGGAAAGAGAGCGAAUUUUAUAAAUUUUGUUGUGGUAUAUGAAAUACUGUUGACCGCAGAAUAAUUUAUUUGGUGCAUCUUAAAAACUUUCAUGAAGUAGUAUUUUUACUCUCUCCGUAUAUUUUCAGUGGUUUGAAACACAAAUCUACAAAUAUUUUAUGUAUAUGUUAGGGUGGAUGUUUUUAGUCUGGGGAGGUGCUGUAUUUGAAGACUGAUUCCACAAUGGAGCAGCAAUAUUCAAUUCACAUUUGCAAAGCGAAAAUGUGAACCAUUCCACAAUCCAUGUACACAAUCGACAUCUUCAAAAUAAUUUACACUUUAAAAAUUAUACAGGAGUAAAUUCUCAAAGAAUUUAUUUUGGAGAACUUCAAUAUUUCAUUUUAUGAUAGGCAAGCUAACGUGUAAAGACAAAGCCCGCAGUUUUUGCAUAGGUUGUAAAGUUGAAUGUGGUUCACUUUUUUUUAAAGAAAUAUUUUUAGCACUUUUUGAAACAUAUUUCAGUAGGAACUACAUAUUUUAAUCUGAAUAUUUUAUUUUCAUAAUUUUUGUAUUCAUACACCAAUUUGAAUUUGUCAUAUGUUUAAAAAGUGCAAUACUUGGUUUUCAACGUAUAAUUUUAAUUUAGACAAAACCUAUUUUGCAUGUCUAUUAUCUGUAUGAAUUCAGUGUGGAGUUUUAUUAAUUUAAACAGAAACAUAUAUUUUUAGUAGAAAAAUCAGUAGCCAUGUGAAGAAAAUUCACAUGGUAUACAUUUGGAUAAUCAUUUUUUUUAUGGAUGAACAAAUUCAAUAUGAGCUUUUAAAUGAUUUAAUAUGAUACUGAUUUGAACAUGGGCAAGUAGUUCAAGACUAAAGUAACUUGAUCUGGCUCGAGAGUGGCACUUAAAAAUCCUUAAGCUUUGCUUUUUAUUUUAUUUUUUUAUGGUCCAAUUCCAUAUUUCCCCCCAUGUCACAAAGUGACAACAAAAUCCACAAUAUAUUAGUGCUAUUUUAGGCAUUUUAAGUUCAUAUGUUUAAAUUGCACAGAAGUAGAAAUGUUGUAUAUUAUAUUUAGCUUAUUCCUUGCAUGUCUGAGUUUCAAAAUAUUUUUUUUACUUCCAUUUUUUUUAUUUUUCACUGCCUUAGGGAGCAGUGCAUUUGUAAAGCAGCAGAGUAGAGUAGUUAGCGAAUGAUAGGUUUUGAAUCUACAAAUUUUAAAUUUUCAGUUGUUCAUUGUAAUACAGUUUAUGUUUUAUCAUUUCAUAGUUUUAUAUUCAUAAAAAUAUAUGAAAAAAUAACAUUAUGAAUUCAGAUAUGAAGAGGAAAACAAAAACUGAGUAAUUGCUGUUUUACAUAUACACUGAAAUGAGCUGGGGUUUUUUUCCACAAGUAGUUUUAUUUUUGCUAUAGAAAAGCCUUUUUGCCAUGCUAAAUUUGAACAAUUUCUUCAAUGAUUUAAGUGUGUAUUGUUCUCUUUAAUAGACUUUGCCCACCUAAUACACAUACUGUGUCACACAAAUUCUCCUUUAAAGUGUACAAUGUAUGUGUGUUAGACUGGAAGCCAAAAUUUGUAAAUUUAUGAAUUUUCUAUUUUGUUAUUUUUUUAAACUGUCGAAUUACUUUUUGUUAGUGAAUUUUAUUAACUUUGUUUUAAGUACUAGAUUGUAUGGAAGAGCAGAUAUUUUUAUCAUUUUAUGUUGCAUAUAAAACAAGAGUUGUAUACCUAGUUGAAAAUUUUCAACUAGAAUUGGUGCUUAUUAUUUCAUUUGCUUUUCACUUCAGAGGUAGCCUUGACCUCAUAGAGGUGUCCUUGACAUUUCUUAGGUGUCACUCUCGAUGACUUUUAUGACAUCUUUUUUUAUAUACAUUCGACUCGUGUAUUUAUAUGUUAAAGCAUUUCUUGUUUCUGUAAUAAACCUCAACUGAAAUUGAAUUGAAAUAUUA